UUUAACUGCAACCUUAAUAAAUGCAGUUUGUCUUCAACAUGCUCUACUCCUCUCUCCCACCCUUUCCUUUCUCUUUCCCUUUCCCUCUCGCUUUCAAAACCCAAACUUGGCCUCUUUAUUAAAUCUUCUCUGCCGAGCAACUUCCUCCCUCACUUCCUCUGCAUUUCCCCCAGCUUUCCUCUGUUUUCCUCUGUUUUUUUUUUUCUCAUGGCCGAGCAGAUAAAUGACACUGAGUUUUGGCUUCCGGCGAAGUUUUUAACGGAUGACGAUGUUGUUAUGGAGAAAGAGAACCUUAAGAACAAAACCAGUGGCAAAAACAACAAGGACUUGCUGAUGUCGAAUCAUGGUUUCCCAACUGAAUUCCCCCACGAGUUCGACUCCUUCUCUGCUCUCAGCUCCCCUGUUGAAACCAUUGUUGGUUCUACUGAGUCUGAUAAGAGUGACGAGGAUGAGUUUCUUGCUGGGUUGACUUGCCGACUCGCUCACUCAACGAGUCAGAAACUAACCGUUCCUAGCCUCUCCCUGGACAAAAACGAGAAAACUGUAGGUUGGGCGAGUUCGCCACAGUCGACUCUGAGUGGGCUCGGAGGCAGGUCAGGUUCUAGCAAUGGCAGCCCAUAUGGCCCAUCUCAAGUUCCUUCUCCUCCAACAACUCCUUUCAGCGCCCAAAAUGGCACUUGGGAUCUCAUAUAUGUCGUAGCUGGCCAUGUUGCGAGGUUACAAAUGAGCAAUGAAGCACCCAAACACAACAACUUUUACCAUGGAAGAGACAUUUCCAAGACACGAAGUGAUGCCUUCAUGAAGAACUCAAGCUCUGGCUUGUAUUCAAGUCAGAGUCUUUCUUAUAAUAUUGCUCAAAGAAAUCAGUAUCAUGGACGGCAGGAGCAGGUCUUAAAACCUCAGUGCAAAGCUGCUUUGGGGAGGCAAGUGAAGGCAAGCAACUGGCAAGCACAGCUUCAUCAACAACAACAGCAGCAGCAGCAGAUCCAUAGAAGAGCAAUGAAAAAUGUUGUUAGGGUGACGCCUCUGGUGUUGCCUCAAUGUUCAUGGCCUCCACUUCAAGUUCAAUCUAAGCAGCAGCCUCAAAAGAACUCUGGUUCUGGCAUGAGAGCUGUGUUCCGUGUUGGAUCUGGUGGUGUUAAAAGAGAGUGUGCUGGAACGGGUGUUUUCCUACCUCGUAGAUAUGGCAACAACACUCCUGAACCUUGCAAGAAAUCAAGUUGCUCAACAGCUCUUCUCCCAGCAAACGUUGUUCAAGCUUUCAAUCUGAACUUCAAUGAUUCUAACAGGAAUGUUCAGCCACAUUUCAAUGCCAGCUUUGCAUCAAACCAUGAUGCAUUGGUAGCCAGAAGAAAUGCAAUGCUGACACAAGCAAGGAGAAAUUAUAGACCAGAGGGAGGCCUAAAUCAUGAAGCAUGUCUACCCCAGGAAUGGACUUAUUAAUCCCUGGAAAAAUCAGUCCAAAAUUAUGUCCAAUAGUGUUUGUUUUAUUGGAGAAAUGCCAGUAUAUGGUAUUUUGGUUUAUACAAGGAAAGAAAUUCAAGAAUGUGAAUGUAGUUUAGGAACCAAUAAAGAUUUGAAGAUUGCAGCUUUUGGGGAUUAGCCAUAAGUAGAAGAAAAUAGGAAACAAAUAGGGGAAGGGAUUUUUUUUUUUUUAAAAGAAAUGGGUUUUUUUUUUUCUUCUAAUUUUAAGAGGGGAAAGGAUUUGUCUUUGAAAAUUGGCCGUUUUGGUUGGGGAAAAGAAAAAAAAAACCAGAAUUGUAGAAGAAAAAUUCAAAACCCUCUUUGUAAUAUCCCUUGGCAAUUGAAAUAUAUUACUAAUGAUAUAUUUUCUUUAAC